GAUCGAGAAGGAGCGAACUGAGGAGCUAUUGAAGGUAAGAGAGGAGACUUUGAAGAUGAAGGAGGAGGAGCUUGAAACAAGGGGGAAAGAGCGAGAAAAGCUUCAUACGGAGCUCAAGAAGUUGCAGAAAAUUAAAGAGUUCAAACCCACCAUGAGUAGAGAGAAAGAGCUAGAAAAGAAAGACAAGAAGAAGAAAGGUUGCCUUCAAAUGAAAAGGUCACCUCCACCUUACAUCCUAUGGCUCAAAGAUCAAUUGAGGAAAAGCAGGAAAGAAAAGAAUCUGUUGAAAUCGAAGCAACCAAUGAAAGAAAAGGAUCUGUUGAAACCGAAGCAAUCAAUGUCUGCGUUUUUCAUGUUCACAAAUGAGCGAAGAGCAGCUCUACUUGCAGAGAGCAAGAGUGUCUGGGAGGUUGCGAAGAUCACAGGUGAAGAAUGGAAGAACAUAACAGAGAAACAGAAGAAGCAUGAAAAGAUUGCAAAGCAAAACAAGGAAAAGUUGGAAGAAAUGGAGGCUUACAAGCAGAGGAAGGAGGGAGAGUCUGCCAAUCUCAAAAAAGAAGACGAUGAGGUUCACAAGCAAGAAGCCUUGCAAUUGCUCAAGAAGAAAGAGAAAACCGAUAACAUAAUCAAGAAAAUGAAAGAGAAUCACCAAAAGAAGAAGAAGAUUGCUUAUCCCAACAAGCCGAAGAAGCCCACAUCCUCAUUCCUUCUAUUCAGGAAUUGAGUGAAGAAGAUAAGCAAACCUGGAAUAAAAAAGUUGCAGGAGCCAAGAUGGAAUUGGAAGAGUACAACAAAUCUGCAGCAAUGGAGGAGGAAAACAACAACCCACAACAGUAAAAAGCAAGCUUGAAUAUUGAUGAAGGUGGCUCUACUUCUGUCAAUGUGUUCAAAAUUAUUUCUUUUCGUGUUAACAUCUGUUAACUACUAUUGACCCCCCUGGGCAUGUUAACAUCGUUGAUUUUUACUUUUUUUUUUUUUGCCAUUUGAAUAUUGAAUCUCUAGUUUGAGAUUGAAUUAGUAUGAUGAUUCAAAGUAGUUUGCAAAAUCAACAAAGUUGUGUUUUCCAAA